AUGGAUCCGACUUGCUUCAUCCAUUCUCAUCUUGAUCAGGCUGCUAAAUUGGGCGAAGGCAUCAAAACCAAGAGUAACAGCAGCGACAAUGCUGCUGCUAUGAGCCCAUUUCAGGAUUCAAGCAAGCAACGUCCACUCCCGGCUCAGCCUCGUGGAUCUAGUCAUGACAAUGCCGAUAUAGAAGGUACAUCCUUUGAUGGCCUGAAGACACAUUUACAUCUUGCUGCGACUGCAAUUGGGGUGCGUGAAAUCAGUAAACAACUCGGCCGUGCUCAUGUUCAGCCUAACAUCAGAAAUGUCUUGAUUGUUACUAAAGCCCACGACAACAAGUUGAUCAAACUCACUCGAGAACUUGCCCUGUUUCUUAUGCAUAAACACCGGAGAGGAUCAAAACGUGGGUUGGUCGUAUAUGUGGAUAGUCAAUUGCGUCACUCCUCAUUAUUUGAUGCGGAAAGCAUCCAACGCAAUCACCCUGAAUUCUCUCAUCCUUUUCCAAAGCGCCGUGCGAAUAGUGUGUACGCCGUCUCGACUCCGUCGCCCACUGCCACAGAGACAGAGGAUACCGACGAUGGCCAACUUCGUUAUUGGACGAACGAUCUGUGCAGGAGCAAACCUCACAUUUUCGAUUUUGUCGUCACACUCGGGGGCGAUGGUACUGUUCUGUAUACAUCUUGGCUUUUUCAGCGAGUGGUUCCCCCUGUUCUUCCGUUUGCGUUAGGCUCUCUUGGAUUUCUUACCAACUUUGACUUUGCUCAUCACCCAGAGGUGAUGAAUUCUGUCAUUGAUGGAGGCAUACGAGCCAACCUUCGGAUGCGUUUCACCUGCACUGUGUUUCGUUCUGUUCCUAUUGAAGAAGGUCGUAAGGCAUUGAAAAAGGGCGAGACAGGAGAGAUCAUGACUAAAGACAUGGCGAAUGGUUGCUGGGAAGCUCUUGAGGGUCGCUGGAAUGGCGGGUUCAUGGGAGACGAGAAAUGCAAAUCCCGGGAUGAAGAAAUUCCCUGUGUAACCGCUCGGCCCACGGAAGAAUUUCAAGUAUUAAAUGAUCUUGUUGUUGACAGAGGACCAAGCCCAUAUGUUUCUCAACUCGAAUUAUUUUGCGAUAAUCAUCAUAUGACAACUGUUCAGGCUGAUGGAUUGACUAUUGCCACGCCAACCGGAUCCACAGCUUAUUCUUUAUCUGCAGGAGGCUCUCUUGUUCACCCUGAAAUUCCUGCCAUUUUGAUUACACCCAUUUGCCCCCACACCUUAUCAUUUCGGCCAAUGCUUCUUCCAGACAGUGUAGAACUCAGGAUAUCUGUUCCAUACAACUCUCGGAGCACCGCUUGGGCAUCAUUCGACGGUCGGGGAAGAAUUGAACUCAAACAGGGCGAUCACGUCAAGGUCAUGGCGUCCAAAUAUCCUUUCCCCACUGUCUGCGCCGAUACACAAUCAACCGACUGGUUCCACGCCAUUUCGCGUACUUUGAAAUGGAACGAGCGCGAACGGCAGAAAGCAUUUGUGGUGGUUGAAGAAGACAGAACUCCUAUGCGUUCUGGGAAACAGCCCCUAGAGUCUAUCGAGGCUCCCCAUCCCAUAUCCGCCAUUGAUCAAAGGCUGCAAAGUAACAUUUAUGGGAAUCAAGAUUUUGCACCACGUUCGGAGGAAAUAUUCGAUAUCGAUGAUAAUGUCGACAAUGUCAAUCUGCCCACAUCUGCCCACGUUUUAACAUCUACGCCCAUCAUGUCAAUUUUUUAUUACGAACCAUUCUAUGACUUUGAACGCUUCCUCGAAGAGACAACACCGUCCAGAACGAACAUCGACAGUGGCACUCUUGCGCGCCGCUCUAAAGAGGGCAGUGUUUCUGAAGGUGGUAUUCCAUCCUUAAAGCCAAGGAUGGAUCUCCACGAAGAUUCUAAGGCAAACUUGGUCACCGCUACCUUUGAGUUGCCUGGUCUCAAGAAAGAAGAUGUUGAUAUACAGGUCAACAAUAAUCGUCUCACUAUAUCUGGCGAGAGCAAAAUCUCGAGCGAGAAGAAGGCAGAGGGAUAUAUUGCCAAAGAAAGGCGGUCUGGCAAGUUUUCUAGAACCCUGCAACUUCCUCAGGGCGUCGAGGAAAAUUCUGUCAAAGCGUCUCUUAGUGAUGGCCUAUUGACCGUUACUUUCCCGAAGUCCGCUAAAGAGAAUUCUCCCAAGAAGAUUACGAUCAACUAG